UUAUAUUUAGUUUUAAGACAUUUGACAAAAAAGAUGGCAGCGAUUGCCGUCUGCUGUCUUACGGAUUUAUUGCGAAAAUGGCGCAUUAUGUGAUAUUUUCACAAAAUUUAUCAAUUAUAAGUGAAAAUUUGUGUAGUGUUGCUUUGUGAUGGUGUGUUGUUUUCCAUGAUUGACAGUGUAACUCGUGUGUUAAAUAGAACUUCGACAUUCUUCGAGAUAUUGGAUUACACAUAAAAUAAAGUCAAAAUGGUGGUGGGCGAGAACAAACGUACCGCCAACAUCAUGGACGGCAUUGAGAACACCGGUGACGUCCGCCUCCACGACCAUCGGCUCCGUCUCAAACAGAGGUUUGAUAUAGUCAGAAAAUUAGGUCAAGGCACAUACGGCAAGGUGCAACUCGGAAUCAAUAAGAAAACUGGACAGGAAGUGGCUAUCAAGACGAUUAAAAAGUGCAAAAUUGAAACCGAGGCAGACCUUAUACGUAUACGAAGAGAAGUGCAAAUUAUGUCUUCCGUCAGGCAUCCAAAUAUUGUACAUAUUUAUGAAGUAUUCGAAAACAGUGAAAAAAUGAUUCUAGUAAUGGAGUAUUGUUCAGGUGGUGAACUUUACGACUACCUCAGCCAAAAAAAAGUAUUAGAAGAAGACGAAGCCAGAAGGUUAUUCCGGCAGAUUGCAACAGCUGUUUAUUAUUGUCAUAUACACAAAAUCUGUCAUAGAGAUUUAAAGUUAGAAAAUGUUUUGCUUGACGACACUGGCAGUGCUAAGAUAGCUGAUUUUGGACUUUCAAAUGUUUUCAAAGAGACGUCAUUAUUAUCCACAUUUUGUGGAUCACCUCUGUACGCAUCACCAGAAAUAGUUAAAGGAACGCCGUAUAUUGGACCCGAGGUGGAUUGCUGGUCAUUAGGUGUCCUGCUAUAUACUCUAGUCUACGGAGCCAUGCCAUUCGAUGGCUCAAACUUCAAACGUCUGGUUAGGCAGAUAAGCAAUGGAGAUUAUUACGAACCUAAAAACCCGUCAACUGCAUCACCACUCAUUCGGGACAUGUUAACGGUGGAUCCAUUAAAGAGAGCCGAUAUUGCAUACAUUUGUGAUAAUCCUUGGGUGAACAUGGGAUGUGAGACGUCGUGCCUGGAGAUGGCGGAAGCUUUGGCGGCAGAGACGCCGGUGCGCCUCGACUUGCUGCUGUCGCUAGCGCCCGCGGCGCCAUCCAGCUCCAACAGUGUGGUUGUUCCUGCACAGACCGACCUUGGUCCAGAAGAGAGCUGUACAGAUCUUACGAGUUCCACUUCAAUGGCCGUGGAACCGAGCAACUCCGCCGAGAAGAGGAUUCUUGAACUUGUUGCGGAGGGUGGAGAGGACGCAAUUAAGCCAUCACCAACGCGUACACUGGUGGCCGCGGCAGACAACAAACGCAAGUAUGAUGCCGCCAUGUCUGCUAGCGGGCUGCUCAGGAAGAAAGAGCGAGUUGCCAGUUGUGCCAGCGUAGCACCUUUAUCGCCCGCCUUGCCGGAGGAAGACGCGAGGCAAGCGUCGCCGCCGCCGGAACAAGAACCAGAAGACUCGUUACAGUUAACGCAGCCUACUCUAAGGUCGUCAGCAACUAUGACGAUAUCCCCCGCGCCGACCAUGCCGCCCGAGCCGGCGAGCGAGCCGCCCGCGGACAUGAGCUCCGACGUGCCAAAGGAAGAGGAACCAAAGGACAAGCCUAAACCAAAACUCGUCAUCAGGAAGAAAUCAUCGCCGCCUAAAGCUGACGAAAGGACGGAGAAAUUGGAGGAGCCAAAGGCCGAAGAACCCAAACCGCUAUCGGUGUCGUCGACCGCGGACAAGAUGACCUCGCUGUCGCUGGCCCAGCCCGCGCCCGCCUCGCCCGCCAAGCCCAAGAAACUGUCUAUCGGCGGCCACGUGGGCAGCUUCAAGGAGCAGUUCGAACGCCGCGCCUCUCUCACUGCGGCCCCUGAAAUCAAGCGCAAUAUUACUAAGCCAGUGUCCAAGAUUGCGAAGCCAAAGGCACAGAGUGAGGAUCGUGAGUUGACGCUGAAGUCUCCGGACAAUACCACUGUGCGGCUGCAGCAGAUUGGCAUUGAACCUGCACCGCAAUCGCCCCAAACACCAAUGGAGGAGAUGAAUCGUGGUGGAGUGAAAAAGACAGAGAGUGAGCCCGCGCACAGCGGCCCGCCGCUCGACCCGGCCGUCGUGCUGCAAGACGCGAGAAGGAGUCUACAGAACUCUAUGGCAAAACUAGCAGAGGAACGUGCGGGCGAAGACAGCCGCCGCCGCGCUGCCAGGGAUAUCAUUUCCACGGCCAUACGAACAGGUGAAUGUGCAGGCAAGCCGCCGGUGCCGUACGGGCGCUCGUCGUCGGCCGGCGUAGCGAGCCUGGCGUCUCCGCCCGGCACCCCACCCGCCCCGCCCUCCGCCUCCGCACCGCCGCUCGCAUCCGCCUCGACCCCGCGCGUCUUCCGCACCGAGGUGCUGCACAGCGUCAAAGACCACAGGAACAGAGGGGCAUCAGUGGAGCGCAUCAUCCCCAUCACGAUGUCCGGCGAGGAGCCGCCGCCGUCGCGAGCGGGCGCGCCCGCAACGCCCGUGACGCCUGUCACGCCCGGCACGCCGCUCACCACGCCGCCCGGCUCUGUCACCUCGCCCACUGCGAAAACGCCUCUCAGGCGGUUGGCUUCAACGGAGUCGACAGGCGAGGCGGUCUCUCCACCGACGGGCGAGCCAAUCAAAAAGUCAGCUCGCGAAUUCAUCAUCCCCAUCGCGGUGGAGGGCAAGGGCUACGUGACGCCGCGCCAGCGCAGCCUCGAGCCCGAGCAGAUGCCCGCGCGCCUCGGCCGCGCCACCGCGCCCAGGCCCCGGCGCAUCAGCAGUCUAGUCAGUGGUGGAGAGUCGGAAGAAGAAGACGACACACACAUGCACAGAUUAAGAUCGACGCGGGCGGCGCGCGCCGAAUCUGUGAGCUCCGGAGAGGAGGACGAGGAGGACGAAGGCUUCCACCUGCUCACGGCUGACAACCUCUUCUCCACUCUAUUGCACCGGGUGCGAGCGCUCACGCAACGGCUGAACGGCGAGGAGGGUCCCGGCUUCCAACACCAUCCACACUCGAUCUUCAACAACUUGCAGUCGCCCUUCUUCAACAGCCCUCACUUGCCACGAAGACAUCUGUUCACACAUAAAUAUAUGGAAAGCAAAAGAAGUGUGUCAGAAACGCGCGAGGGCUGGGGGUCGCGCGAGCUGCACGCGCCCUUCGACUCCAUGUUCAACAAGGCGCGCUCGCCGCUGCCGCGAGGUAGUAGUAAGAAAACCGCCAAGCACCAAACGAGAGCCUCGCAAACGACGGACGCGACGGACGGGCUAGAUCUGUCAGACCUGGAUCUGAGUGCGAUAGAAUUUUCGGAGCGGGAGAUGCAGGCGCUGUCGGGGCUGACGCCGGCGCUGUCGCGACGCCUGCAGCGGCAACUGCUCGCGCACCUGCCGCCGCAGGCCGCCGCGCGCCUGCGCCGCACGCUCUCGCUGCACGCCGCACCCGUCGCGCGCGCGCCCUACGCGCGCAGCCACUCGGCCGCCGCGCGCGCCGCCGACCACCCGCCGCUCCCGCCGCCGGACUACGACGACGACGAUCGCCCCGAACAAAUCGACAACUCCGCUAAAGGAGACCUAGACAUAAAUCCCGACGUCGAAGUUAAAACUUCCAAAGAAAUAGAAAACCCCGUAAAAGUCGAUGCCGAGGUUGACGAUAGAACUCCUGAAAAAAUCGAACUCUCCACGAACGUCGAUUCUGAGGUCGAAGUGAACACCUCCAGAGAAAUUAAACAUUCCGGGGAAGUAAAAUCUUCCGAAGAAGUUAAGCCUUCCGAUGAAGUGACCCCUUGCGCCCGAGAAAAUUCUCCCGAAGUGAUAUCUGUGCCUUCGGAUGUAGCAACAUGUAAAUCCGAAGACGCUCCUAUCUCUGCAUCUCAGUUCUGUACUCUGCCUCGUCUCAGACGACGGUCGACUCUCUCCAGGGAUUCUUUAUCUCCGACGUCUACCGCCGAUUUUGCCUACGGGUCUACGAAAUUAGAAUCAUCAACUAAGGAGACCGUUGGAUCUAAAUGCGGCAGUACUCGACACACCCCAGAUCGCCCCUUGUUAAGUAAAUAUUUGGCACCUGAAAGAAAUCUCUCUUUAGAUGAGUCGUACUCGUCGGAUAGCGGUAGUAUUCUUUCGGAACCUAGCUAUAUUGCAGCGUAUGGAUCGCCCGCAAUAAAUAAUGCACCCGGCUUAGGAUUUAGACGACACUCUCUACGAUUAGCCGGAGACCACCCUAAAAAACGUUUAUCUAGAUUUCUACGUUCUGAUUUCUUUGAUACGUCGGUGGACGAUAGUAUAUAUGUCAAGCAUAAAAAGGAGAAAGAGUUGGAAACGCAGAAAAUUUUAAAAGAAAUUAGGGAUAAGAAAAAUAAAUCUUUUGAGUCGACUCCUAGAAGUCCAAUCGAAACUCUUGACGAACCUGGAUUCAAAGACGACUAUCCCGUUAAAAAAUGUCUGUCCCCUAUAGGUAAUUUAUUAUUGAAAGAUCGUAGUAGAUCUACAACACCCUUUUUUCCUAUAUUAGACAAAAUAAAAGAAAGUACUUCAGAUUCUAGCAAUAUAACAAUAGAACAAAAGCGAAGCGAUGCAUUUAACGUUAUGAAACAACAAACUGUUCCUGUUAACAACACUAUAAACAAAGAAUCAAAAAUGAUCAGACCUAAAAGUUAUCCUUUAAAAAAUGUUGAUGUAUACGAAGAUACAAAUAAGAGCAUCCCGUUAGACAGUUCUACAAUUAUUGAAAAUGAAGUCGAAGAUAAGAAAUUGAAUAGAGAAUCAAAAUUACUGAGACCUAAAAGUUAUCCUACAACUAGCCCUUCACCUGAAAAGGUUUAUAUGGAUCGUAAUAUAAAAAAAGAUGAAACUAAAUCUAAAGAAAUAAUUAAUGACGAUAAUAAAACUGACGUAGAAGUAAGUUUCAGUAUAACUUUGCCAAAAAAAGCCAAAGCCUCAGUUGUUCGGUCCGAUUCACAGAAAAAAGUAGAAUCAGCAGAUCAGAAAGUAGAAUCUAAAUCAGAAAGUAAAGAUUCCAUCUUAACUUUAAAGAAAUAUCAAGUUGUCAGUGGAAAUGACGAUAGGACUGAACAGGGUCAUAAAAUUGAAACUCAAUUAAUGAACGGUAAAAACGGCUCUGUUACGAAAGCAAGCAAUAUUGAAAGCGCUAAAAAUGGAAUCAUAAAGGGAGAAAUAAAAUCGACUUUCACAGAAAAUCAAUCGAAUGAUAAAAAGGGAGUCAUUAAAAAGAAAAUCGUAAAGAAGGUAACUUCAAAAUCAAAGACUGAGUUAAAUGCAAGUGACAAAACAACAGAAGAAAAGAAAAAAGUCACAAAAAAAGUUAAGGAAAAAAUAGGUGACGAAAACGCCAAAAAAACCGUUCCAAAAAAGAAAUCUGUGUUUCAAUCAAUUGGUCAGAAGUUAGAAAAAUUUACAUCAUCUAAAUCAAAUUCUCCCGAAAAGAAUUCUAAUAAUGAAGCUAUUGAAUCAAUUAACCGAACCCAAAGAGAACAUUCUGUCCCUGUUAACGUUGAUCCUCCGACUGAAUCUAAUUUAAUUAAGAGAGCUGUUACAGUAACUGACGUUGCGGCUUUGGAGAGCCAAAACUAUAGCCAAAACAAAACAACUGUAUCUAAGGUUUUAGGUCUGUUUAAAAAGUUUGAACCUAAGGAGAAAAUUGUUAAAUCUGCUGAAAAAGUGAACACAGAAACUGGAAACGUUGCUCUAAAAGAUAUUUUAUAUCAGAAUGAUAAUCCAGUCGCACAUAAUUUAGACUCUGAAGAAAAACCAAAGAGGCCAACUUCACUGCUUUUAAACGGUUUAGGUCGUAAAAAUAGAAACAGUAGGACCUCAAGCGACGAUGUAAAUGCGGAAGUGGAGAAUGAUGAUCUCCUAAUAGUUAAGAAAGAAAAUGAUUCCAAAAAUAUUAAAAAUUCUUUAAAAUUGGAUUUUUCUAGACUGCCAAGAGUUAAAAAAAUAGUUCCUACAAGUCCUGUGAUUGAACCACAAAUAAUGAAUAGUUCUGACGUCGAGAAGAACAUUGACAAAAAUUGUGUAAUACAAAAGAAUAAAAGUAUUCCAGAAGCUUCUAUCAAAGAAGAUUUAUGUGAAUUACAGAGUCGAAGUCGAUCACGAAGCAGGUCGACAUAUUCCAAUUCCGAAGUUAAAUCAGAGCCCAGCGGCAUGAAAGAGAAAUAUGUCCUGCCUGAUGGCUCCUCACAUCACUUACCUUUGCGAAGUCUUGAUUCUAUAUCGCCUGAAAAAGAGGAUGUUGUUGAUAGAAUACGAAGAAAAAGUUUUUAUUCUCGAUUUAAUGAAAAGAAACAAAGGCGAAAAAGCAAUUUAGUGGGUCCCGGGGCAACCGAAUACGAUCCCCUGGCGAGAAUACAUUCUCAUCCGAAUGAUUUGAGAUAUGAUGCUUCCCCGACUUCGCCAGGGAAUUAUGAUUUGUCACCCGGACUGUCGGUCGGAUCAGACAUAUCGCCGUCUGCCGAACGCUACAGAUCUUUACUAACAGAUUUACCCACCACGAGAGGCAGUUUGAGAUACGAUGGAAUAAAUGAUAAAAUUGAUAUGUACCGAUCACUCGACCGAAAUGAUUUUAGAAAGCAUCCAGGAAGAAGUUACCUAGAUUACGAUCAACCUUCUUCCUACAGUUCAAAUAGAUAUGCAAGGACGAAAUCAUUAUUUGAUAGUUCAGAUAAUAGCGAAGAUCAAUCGUUAGGUCUCUCUAAAGAAUCGCACAAAUACAAUCGUGCUAACUCCGUAUUUUCUCCGGGAAGUUACGCGACUUACAGACCGAAGAGAACUAGAAAUUCGGCAAUAAUACUUAAAGAAAGUGAAAAGGAGCCUAGUCCAGAAAAUAUACUGGAUAAAAUAAGGCAAAGAAAGAUUUCAAUCAGCGUUACCAGAAAAUCUGAUUCUGAAAAGGACUCAGUGCCUAGAUCCAAUCUCUCACCUAAAGGCGAAAGCGACUGUGCAGAACGCUCUUCGAAAGUUGACUGAGAGGCGCUACUGAUGUUAUAUUAUCGACAGGCGUUUUAUUUAUAGUUGCGCAUUUCGAAUAACUUUUAGCCAAUCACAGGUAGUCUUAAAAUGCUACGUUUUUUCGAAUCUCUCGAUUAAGAUCUUGACGGUCACAAAUAACAAAUGGUUAUCUACAGGUGCAGGAUUUGCUUUUUAAAGCAAAAUUGCGGUUCAUCAGAAAACAAUCUAUUUUAUCCAAAAAGUUGU